AAUGGCGAGCGCCACAACAUCCAGAAUUGUGGAAGUUACCUCAUCUUCUUCAUAUCCGCCAAAUCAUUCUUCCCUCUGAUUUACUUUGUGUGGGGGAAUAUAUUUGGUCUCUGAACAAUUAUUCAAGUUUGGAUCUUACAUAUAUAAGAAAGAGUUGAGCGUACUGCACCAACAGAACAACGCCUAGCUAGUUGCAAACUGAAAACCACAAUGGCAAGCGCAGCAACAUCCGUAGCUAUUGUUCUUAUUCUGAUCGCCGGCGUGUCCUCCGGCCUCCCUGCCACCUAUGCUGACACCAACGUGGCCGCCCGGAUGUGCCUGAAGACCACGAACCCCAUGUUGUGCAUGGUUGUUCUGAAGGUCAACCCAAAGAGCGCCUAUGCCUCCACGGAGCAGGACGUCGGCAGCGUCGCGCUGCAGAUCGCGAGUGACACCGCUGAGUACAACGUCGGGGUCAUCAACAACCUAAACAAGGGCAGCCUAGGCAAGCCCGAGGGAGGCGCGCUGGCGCAAUGCCUCUGGGCCUAUCAGGACGCCGACAACAACCUCAAACACAACGCCCGAACCGGUUUCGACCGUGGGGAUUAUGUUGGCGCGAUGGCUCUCGUUUCGGGCGCCCAGAUCGUUGGGGAUAUCUGCGAGAAUGCGUUCAAGAUGAUCGGCAAGAACUCCCCCGUGUCAAAGAUAGAUCACGAGAUGACUCAGCGAUGUGGCGUCGCGGCGGAACUCAUUGGCCUGCUUACCCACAAGUGAUCGAUCAUAUAUAAGUUUUGGCUCAUAUGUGUGUGCUCCCUUCAAUAAUUAAUUAGUUGUUCGUGUAGCAACAUGUUUUGUCAUUGAUGCAACUGUGAAAUAACGAGCUGAACAACACACAAAACACCAAUCUUACCAAGUACUCCCUCUGUAAACUAAUAUAAGAGUGUUUAG